UCCUCUCUCUAUAAGACGCUUCAUAGUAUAUUUUUACAGAUGCCGAUAAGUGAAGAAAACCCAAGCGAUGGCAGGAAGCUGGUUGUUGCGACUCUUAUCUGUUCUCUUUGCCGUCUUGACGGUAUGCGAUCUUGGCACUGGAGCCAAGCCGAAGGCGCCGCCCAAUUUCUCAAGAGGUCAAAGAAAGAAUAACUGGCAAACGAUGAACUCCAAAAAACCUGCAGCACAUCUAAUUGGUCAUAAGCCAGCACAGAUGGAAACUAUGAGAUGGAGCUCCGAUUCGGAAGUGGCAUUCACUCGCAAUGUUACACAUUCUCCAAUCACCACUCUGGUGACCAAACGCAAAGGUCUCUACUACGUCUAUUGUCAGGUUGGCUUCACCGGCAAGAACACUGAUAUAAGACUGCUCAGCGAGGUCAUCACUCUUCAUGAAUCUACCAAUGUAAACCUCACCCUGCUGAUUGGGUCGGAAAGUGUAACUAGACCUCCCUGGGACCUUGAAACUUGGUCAGCCAGCCUAAGCCAGGGUGGACUUGCCAACCUAAAAGUGGGACAAAAGCUGUAUGUCCAUGUAAGCCAUCCGCACCUUGUAGACUAUGCCGAUGGAAAAACCUUCUUUGGGCUUGUCAUGGUGUCCUGAGUCCAAGACCGGUGGACAGGCACCGAGGCCUCGUACACACGACCGAGUUUCUCGGCAAAAACCAGCAAGAAACUUGCUGGGAGAUAUUG